CGGUUUGUGGACAGCAGCAAGCUGAAGCGCCACUUCCUCAUCCACACGGGCGAGAAGCGCUUCUUCUGCCCCUAUGAGGGGUGCGGCAAGGCAUUCUCGCUGGAUUUCAACCGCCGUUCUCACAUGCGCACGCACACGGGGGAGAACUACCACACGUGCCCGAUCCUAGAGUGUGGCAAGCGCUUUGCACAUGAGAACAAGCUGCGCAUGCACCUGGCGUCAGCACAUGGGGAUAAACAGCAGCAGCAGCGAUCUGCAGCGCGCGAGGGAUCAGAUGGGUCGCAAGACGAAGGUGCGGGGAGGUCGGAGAGGGAGGGGCGGAAGGAGGGCGAUGGGCAAGGGAGAAAGAGUGAGGGAGGUGGUGCGGGGAGCAAGGAGAAGGGUGGGCGAGGGAGGAGGAAGCGAGAGGAGGAGGGGGCGGCAGGAGAGGGGAGUGAGAGGGGAGGAGAGGAGGAAAGGGGAGAAGUGGAACGGGGAGGGAAACGGAGGCGAGAUGAGGCAGAGGAGGAGAGUGAGGGGGGGAGUGAGGAGGGGAGGGAGAAAGGGAGUGAGAAAGGGAGGGGGUCAGAGAGUUGGGUUCAAGGGGGGGAGGAGGGAACUGAGGGUGAGAGAAGGGGGUUUGGGAAAGGGGCAGAGGGGGAUGGGGAGGGCGACGAGGGUGGGGAUGGGGAGGGGGAGGAGGAGAGUGAGGAUGGGGAGGAGAGGGGGAGUGUGGCUGAUGGAUCGCAAAAAGGAAUGGAAACAAAGCGAGGGCGAUUCCUGAAUUCCAUUUCAGAGUCAGGAGAGGGAGGCGGGGUGAGGGAACCCUGGGGUAAGGGCAGCGGGAGGGGGAGGGGGCGGGGCAGGGGUCGUGGAAGGGGGAGGGGGAGAGGGCGGAGAGGGGAGGAGGCAGGAGGGGAGGCAGGAGAGGGGGACGUGGCGGAGAGCUAUAGAGGGAGAGGAAGGGGAAGGGGGAGAGGCAGAGGCAGGGGAGUGGGGAGGGGCAGAGGGAGAGGGAGAGGGAGAGGGAGGGGGAGAGGGGUAGGUGGGUCAACAAGGGAAUGGAGUGAUGCUGAGAAUGCCCGUGGCACUGGCGGGUAUGGUGGGGGUGCGGGUGGUUAUGGGGGUGAGCUUGGAGCAGAGGAGGAUGGGGAAGGCAUGGAGAGGGAGAGUGAGCAGGGUGAUUAUAAUGAGGGGGAGGAGGUUACUGGGGCGAGUGACUUAGGCGAGGGGGAAGGGGAGGAGGAAGGGGAGGGCGCGCUGUAUGAUGAAAUGGGGAGUGAGGAGGGGGGGGCGGAUGAUGGGGGCAUGGGCAGUGAUGCGCUGGAUGCUGGUGCUGAGAGUGAUGGGUUCGGGGAGGACAUGGGGGGUGGGGAUUCGAUGGGGGAGGGGGGGGGCAUGGAGGGGUAUGGUGGAGAAGAGGAGGAGGAUGAGGGAGGGGAGGAGGCGUGGCGGGAGGAAUUGGGAGGCGAGGAGGGAGAGGGAGGGGGAGGAGUGGAGGGAGGGAAGGGAGGAAAGGGUGCAGGGGUGAAGAAGGGCCCGGGAGGGCAGGAGGAGCAGGAGGAGGUGCGGCCGAAGAGGCGGCGGCGGCGGCGCAAGCUGGAGGAGUCGGAGCGCGUGUUUGCGUGCGGGGAGGCGGGGUGCAGCAAGCGGUACUUCCACGACUACAAGCUGCGGUUGCACCUCAAACACUUCCACGGCGUGGCGCUCGCUGAUGACCCACCCGCUGCUGCUCAUGGCGGUGCUGGUGGAGGGGACGGGGGAAGUGUGGGGCGGGACAGGGGAAGGGGUAGACGACGAGGGAGAGGCGUGGGGAGGGGAGUGGGGAGGGGAGUGGGGAGUGGAGAGAGAGGUGGUGGGAGAGGUGGCACGGGUGUGUCAGGGUAUGGUGAGGAGGAGGAGUUUGAUGGUGCAGGGAGUGCGAGGGGUGGGUAUGGGGAGAGUGUGAAUGAGGAGGGGUAUGAGGAUGAGGAUGGGAAUGAUGACUAUUCCAGGGGUGACUAUAACGAGGAGUAUAGUGAUUAUGGAAGGGAGGAAGAUGUUGAGGAAGACGAGGAUGCUUAUAUGGAGGAUGUGCCGUUGGGGCAACGCCGGCCUCAUUCUCUCUCCUCCUCCGCUGCGCCUUCCUUGGAAGCUAAGGCCGCACACUCACCCCCCAAAAUGGCGGGGUACAAGCGCACCAUACCCCACUUUGAAACGGGUAUUUACAAAUCGCCGGGGGUGUUCCUGGCGGACUCGGAGUACGGGCGCGCGCUGGACUGCCUCGUCAAGGCGUGCGCGGACUUCUUCAUCCUCAAUACAGACAGCUCCGAGAACUGCAAAAUACUGCUGGGGAAGCGCAAGGUGGAGCCGCAGCCCGACUGGUGGUUCAUGGGGGGGCGCAUGCGGCCGGGGGAGAAGCCAGAGGACAGCGUGGUGCGCCUGCUGAGCAGAGAGCUGGGCGUCACGGUGGAGCCCGGUGCAGUGCGGUUCCUGAGCGUGCACUCGUACUGGUGGUAUCGCCGCGUGCAGGCGCCUGUGGAGAACGGGACGUGCGACAUCAGCGGCGUGUUCACUGUUGCCAUUGGGGCCGACCAGGCAGCUGCUAUCAAACUGGACGAGGAGGAGUACAGUGAUUCCAAGUGGGUGAGCAUAGCGGACAUCAUCAACGGGGAGCACUACCACCCCGCCCUGCGCCAGUCAGCCAGGGACCUCAAGGCGCGGUUUGCCUGGGAGCGCCUGGAGAGCCUCGUGAAGGGCGGUGCCGGAACAGAUGCAGAGAUAGCAGAAGCUGCCAGGAAGUUGGUGUCACUCAACUGA